AUGACACUUGUGGGUCAGGUGAAAGCCAAAGGCACUGUGUGCAGAGAUACUGUGGAUGCCGACUGUGAUUUGAAGGAAUACUGCAACGGUACCUCGCCCUUAUGUACAGCCGAUUUCUAUGUGGAGGACGGACAGACGUGCGACGAGGACAAAGGGGUUUGCAUGACUGGAGUGUGUCAGAGCUCGGAUCAGUGGUGCCGGCAGAUAUUUGGAAAAGAUAAGAAAGGAAAAAAGAAGAAUCAAGUAUCUGUAUUUCAAUUUACUGAUAUCCCUGUUGACAUGAAGGAGAAAACAUAUACAUGCCUGGAGUGUGGAAACAGUUUUGCUCAGAGUCAUCACCUGGAGCGACAUGAAAAGACUCACACUGGGAAGAAAUCCUAUUCUUGCCUGGACUGCGGAAAGAGCUUCGCCCGGAGGGAUCAUUUGCAAAAACAUGAAAGGACUCACACUGGGGAGAAGCCCUAUACAUGCCUGGAGUGUGGAAAGAGCUUUGCUCGGAGGGAUCAUCUGCAGCAACAUGAAAGGACUCACACUGGGGAGAAACCCCAUAAAUGCCUGGAAUGUGGACAGAGCUUCUCUCAGAAUGGAAGUCUACGUUCACAUCAGAGGAUUCACACUGGAGAGAAACCACAUAAAUGCCUGGAGUGUGGGCAGAGCUUCAAUCAUAGUUCAAAUCUACGUUCACAUCAGAGGAUUCACACUGGGGAGAAACCCUAUAAAUGCCUGGAGUGUGGGCAGAGCUUCACUAGGAGCGGGUAUCUACAUUCACAUCACAGGACUCACACUGGGGAGAAACCCUAUACAUGCUUUGAAUGUGGGCAGAGCUUCAGUCAGAGUGGAGGUCUACAUGCACAUCAAAACACUCACACUGGGGAGAAACCUUAUAGAUGCCUGGAGUGUGGGCAGGGCUUCACUAACAGUGGACAUUUACGUUCACAUCAAAGCACUCACACUGGGGAGAAUCCUUAUAGAUGCCUGGAGUGUGGACAGAGCUUCACUAAGAGAGGACUUUUGCGUUCACAUCAAAGCACUCACACUGGGGAGAAACCUUAUAAAUGCCUGGAGUGUGGAAAGAGCUUCACUCACAGUACACGUUUACGUUCACAUCAAAGGACUCACACUGGGGAGAAACCCUAUGAAUGCCUACAGUGUGGACAGAGCUUCACUGAGAGUGGAAGUCUACGUUCACAUCAAAGGACUCACGCUGGGGGAAAAACUUAUAAAUGCCUGGAGUGUGGACAGAGCUUCAAUCACAGUGCAAGUUUACGUUCCCAUCAAAGGACUCACACUGGAGAGAAGCCCUAUAAAUGCUGGGACUGUGAACGAAGCUUCACUAAUAGUUCAAGUCUGCGUUCCCAUCAAAGGACUCACACUGGAGAGAAGCCCUAUAAAUGCUGGGACUGUGAACGGAGCUUCACUAAUAAUACAAGUCUAUGUUCACAUCAAAGGACUCACACUGGAGAGAAGCCCUAUAAAUGCCUGGAGUGUGGAAAAAGCUUUAAUUAUAGUAAAGUUCUACGUUCUCAUCAGCGGACUCACACUGGAGAGAAGCCCUAUAAAUGCCUGGAGUGUGGACAGAGCUUUACUCGUAGUUCAAACUUACAGAAACAUCAAAGGACUCAUACUGGGGAGAAACCUUAA